AUUAGCUCAAUGGGAACUAGCGAUUAAUAUUUUUUCCUGCUCUCAUCUCGGGAAGGUAAUUUUUUUUUUAGAAAUCGCUGUUGCUCACGGCUAUGCUGAGGAAUUUAUACAUUAUCCGACCCCACAUGAUUUCAUGUUCCCCCGGUACCUACGUCCAUGACAACCGUUGUUGACCUCUGGCGUUUGGGCUGAAUCAUGGGGAACCAGUUAGCUGGAAUAGCCCCUUCACAGAUCCUGUCUCUAGACAGUUAUUUUUCUGAUAUUCACGACUUUGAAUAUGACAAGAGCCUGGGAAGCACUCGCUUUUUUAAAGUUGCUCGAGCCAAACACAGAGAAGGUCUGGUAGUUGUAAAAGUCUUUGCCAUCCAAGAUCCAUCUUUACCACUUACAAACUAUAAGCAAGAACUUGAGGAACUGAAGAUUCGGCUAUGCUCUUCUCAAAACUGCCUUCCCUUUCAGAAGUUCACUCUGAAUGAGAAAGCUGCCUUGCUGUUCCGCCAGUAUGUUAGAGACAACCUCUAUGAUCGUAUCAGCACCCGUCCAUUUCUCAACAAUAUUGAGAAGCGCUGGAUUGCUUUUCAGAUUCUGACUGCUGUGGAUCAGGCGCACAAAUCUGGAGUGCGCCAUGGUGACAUUAAAACAGAGAAUGUUAUGGUUACCAGCUGGAACUGGGUUCUCCUUACAGACUUUGCCAGCUUCAAACCCACAUAUCUGCCUGAGGACAAUCCAGCAGACUUUAAUUACUUCUUUGAUACUUCUCGGAGAAGAACCUGCUAUAUUGCACCUGAGAGGUUUGUGGAUGGCAGCACUUUUUCUUCGGAUCUUGAGUCCAUUAAAGACCAGUCUACACCAUUGGUAGACUUGACCAAUAACAAUCAGCGCACAAGAGGGGAUCUUAAAAGGGCGAUGGAUAUUUUUUCUGCAGGCUGUGUCAUAGCGGAGCUGUUCACUGAAGGUGUCCCACUGUUUGAUUUAUCCCAGCUUCUGGCUUACAAGAAAGGACAGUUCUCACCUGAUCAAGUAAUGAACAAAAUUGAAGAUAGCUGUAUAAGACAACUUGUAACACAGAUGAUCCGGCGUGAACCUGAGAAGCGAUUGGCUGCAGAAGACUACUUAAAGCAACAAAGAGGAAAUGCAUUUCCAGAAAUAUUUUAUACAUUUUUGCAGCCAUACAUGGCUCAGUUUGCUAAGGAAACAUUUCAUUCUGCUGAUGAACGCAUCCUUGUUAUCCGUAAGGAUUUGGAUAAUAUUAUCCACAACCUCUGUGGGGAUGAUCAGAGUGAAAAGUCAGAAGGAGAAACCAAGGAAAAUGGGUUGCUCAUUCUGGUCUCUGUGAUCACAUCCUGCUUGCAAACCCUAAAAUACUGUGACUCUAAGCUGGCAGCUCUUGAACUGAUCCGUCACUUAGCACCACGUUUAAGUGUAGAGAUUUUACUGGACCGGAUCACUCCUUAUCUACUGCAUUUCAGCAAUGACUCAGUGCCCAGGGUGAAAGCUGAGGCUGUGAGGACGCUCACUAAAGUUCUUGCCUUAGUCAAAGAAGUGCCCAGGAAUGACAUCAACAUAUACCCGGAAUAUAUUUUGCCUGGUAUAGCACAUUUGGCUCAAGAUGAAGCCACUAUCGUCAGACUGGCAUAUGCAGAGAACAUUGCAUUACUGGCAGAAACGGCUCUCAGGUUUUUGGAAUUAGUGCAACUGAAAAACUUAAACAUGGAAAAUGAUCCAAACAGUGAAGAGUUAGAUGAGGCUUUGCACCCCAGUGAGAACUACGACAUAGAGUUGCAGGCCUUGCAUGAAAUGGUCCAGCAAAAAGUUGUUACAUUGCUGAGCGACCCAGAGAACAUUGUGAAGCAGACAUUAAUGGAGAACGGUAUUACAAGGCUCUGUGUGUUCUUUGGUCGACAAAAGGCAAAUGAUGUUCUCCUAUCCCACAUGAUCACAUUUCUGAAUGAUAAAAAUGACUGGCAUCUACGUGGUGCGUUCUUUGACAGCAUUGUUGGAGUUGCAGCGUAUGUUGGAUGGCAGAGCUCUUCAAUUCUAAAACCACUUCUCCAGCAGGGUCUGAGCGAUGUGGAAGAAUUUGUGAUUUUUAAAGCUCUCAAUGCCCUGACCUGCAUGUGCCAGCUGGGACUGCUACAGAAACCACACAUCUAUGAAUUUGCUUGUGACAUUGCUCCAUUUUUGUGCCAUUCUAACCUGUGGAUACGUUAUGGUGCAGUCGGUUUUAUCACCACAGUAGCUCAGCAGUUAAACAUUGCUGAUGUGUACUGUAAACUAAUGCCUUAUCUUCAUCCGUUUAUCACGCAGCCGAUUAUUCAGAUUGAUAAAGAGAUUGUCCUGCUAAGCGUAUUGAAGGAACCAGUUAGCCGCUCCAUAUUUGACUAUGCCCUGAGAUCAAAGGACAUUGCAAGUCUAUUUAGGUAUCUUCAAAUGCGUCAGAAGAAGAGGAAUGGCACUUUCCUUGAGUGUCCUCCUCCCGAAGAUCCAGCCAUAGCACAACUCUUGAAGAAACUAUUGUCACAGGGAAUGACAGAAGACGAAGAAGACAAGCUUUUAGCACUAAAAGACUACAUGCUAAAAUCAAACAAAGCCAAGGCAAAUAUAGCAGAUCAGAGUCUCCUGCAUGAAAGUGGUCUAAAAGGAGUGAUUGAUUUGUCGGCCUUGGGAAUUAAUGGAAGACAAGCGGAUCUAGUCAAAGCAAAGAUGGACACUGACGAUAAACGCACACGCAAGCAUGUUAAACAGGAUUCCAAUGUGAAUGAAGAGUGGAAGAGCAUGUUUGGGACAAUGGAGCCAUCCAACAUGAACCAAGCAGGGGCAAGAACACAACCAUCUGGGGAGCAGGAAACCACAAAACCUCUCCGUUCCGAGUCCUCUGCUGCUGCUGUUGGUGGCCCUCUGUCGUCCUCCCCACAGCCAAGCGAAGGGGCAGCAGGCAUCCAGUCUCGGAGACCCACUAUGCAAAUUUACACCAGCACAUCAUUACCGUCAGCCUGCCAGAUACGCAUGACCACGUGUAAAACUGAGCUUCAGCAGCUCAUCCAGCAGAAGAGAGAGCAGUGCAAUGCAGAGAGGAUAGCUAAGCACAUGAUGGAGAGCGCUGAAUGGGAGAGCAAGCCACCCCCAACAGGAUGGCAUCCUAAAGGUCUCCUAGUAGCGCACCUUCAUGAGCAUAAAGGCCCAGUGAACCGCAUUAGAGUGUCAGAUGAACAUUCCAUUUUUGCCACCUGCUCCAACGACGGGACGGUAAAAAUCUGGAACAGCCAAAAAAUGGAAGGAAAGACCACAACAACCAGGUCAAUACUGACAUAUUCUCGUAUUGGUGGACAUGUUAAAACACUCACUUUUUGCCAAGGAUCACAUUAUUUAGCUGUCGCAUCAGAUAAUGGCAACAUUCAGCUACUUGGUAUUGAAGCAUCAAAACCUCCCAAAUCUCCAAAAAUACAUCCGCUACAGAGCAGGUACUUGAACCCGCAGGAAGAUGGCUGCGUGGUGGAUAUGCACCAGUUCAAUUCAGGGUCGCAGUCUGUGCUGGCUUAUGCUACUGUGAAUGGCUCAUUAGUCGGAUGGGAUUUGCGAUGUUCGAGCAAUGCCUGGACAUUAAAACACGAUCUGAGAUUAGGACUUAUAACCUCGUUUGCAGUGGAUAUUCACCAGUGCUGGCUGUGUAUUGGUACCAGCAGUGGCACUAUGGCAUGCUGGGACAUGAGGUUCCAGUUACCGAUAUCAAGUCAUACUCACCCUGCCCGGGCACGCAUCAGGCGCCUCCUCAUGCAUCCACUGAGUAUGCACACAAUGUACCAGUCUUGGGUAAUAGCAGCUGUGCAAGGCAACAAUGAAGUAUCCAUGUGGGAUAUGGAGACUGGAGACCGAAGAUUCACACUGUGGGCUAGUAAUGCUCCUCCUCUUUCUGAGAUGCAGCCUUCACCACAUAGCGUUCAUGGAAUUUACUGUAGCCCAGCAGAUGGGAACCCAAUAUUACUAACUGCAGGUUCUGACAUGAAAAUAAGAUUUUGGAAUCUGGCUUGCCCUAAGAGAUCCUACGUUAUUGCAGGAAGCACAAAUAACCUUUCCCCUGUAUCAUACUUCAGCAAGAUAAUAGAGGGGACUGAAGUUGUUCAGGAAAUUCCAAGCAAACAUACAAUGGGACCCAGUGAGGAUGCCCCACGUAGAGGACCAGAAUCACUGCCUGCUGGGCACCAUGAUAUAAUUACUGACAUGGCCACCUUCCAAACAACGCAAGGCUUCAUAGUGACCGCCUCUAUGGAUGGUAUUGUUAAAGUAUGGAAAUAACAAUUGGAUGUGGAUUGAAACUUCCUGGAACUACACAGCCACACAAAUAUUGUCACAAUCUGUUUAAAUCGCAGACCUCUCGUGAAUUGUGCCGGUGCUUUCAGAAGACAUGCAACAGUUGCUUUUGAAACAGUUUUAAAGAAUCUCUUUUUGUCUCCCCUGCACACCCAGUGCAGUGUAAUUAAAAACGUUUGGAAAGGUUCUCUUUAAAUAUGUGAUAUGUAUAUAUGUUAAAAAAGAUGUGUAAUCUCAUUCCUUUAAGCUAAAGCUAAAUUAUAUUUAAAACCUUUAUUUGCAUUUCAAAACUGCUUUACAAUAGGUUUGUAAAAGCAAUAAUCUUGCACUAAUGUUCUUGUGUGAUGCUAAUAAAUACCUAUAUUAAAAAACCUGA